UGUUUACAUUUGAAACGCGCACCGCUCAUUUUAGCCUCAUUUACCCAGAGAUUGGAACAAAUUAGACAUUAGACAUUUCACCCCAGAAAGCUAUUGAGAAAACAUUUCAGGCAAGUGGACAGAGAUAAAACCAGGGAUUCAGGCAUUAUAGACCCCAUUCUGUAAACAACAAUAUCCCGCACAGAACAUGUGUUUCCUAACACUGUGAUCUGAAUAGCAACAUCAGAUUCACAUUCUAACAAAUGCAAAACUAUAAGAUGUAGGCAAUUGAGUAUUUAGACAAUAAAAGUAGUCACUAUUUUUGACUGCAAACUCAAAAUUAUUUGUUAUAUUUCAUUCCCUCAGAUAUUAAUUAUUGUAAGUUAUAGUACCUAUUCUGAACACAAACUAGGAAUGGACAUUCACUCCCCUCUUCGCUCCCCUUUGAGCAUGCCUGAUAUAAAGAAAGUGAAGAUAAGUUCUCCCAAACACACUCCUGAUGCUGAAUACCUCUUAAGGAGAAGGCGUGGAAUGGCAGACAGUCUUGAGGAGACUGCAAAGCCAACAUUGGAUACAGUCUGGCUGAAAUCAAGAAAUAGUACAGAUGACGACAGAAGAGCUAACAACCCGUUUGUGCUUCCAAUGGAUCGUAACAUCUUCAAAAAGAGAGAGAUGGACUCUGUAAUCAAACAACAAGAGAAGAAGUUCUUCAGCAGCCUGCCGACCCAGAUGAAGAGUACCUACCUGUCCCGACUCAGGUGCCGCUCCGCCCCUAUGAGGAGUGCUGUGGAAGACACAAUCCCCGAACCAGAGAAAUGCAAACGGGAAAAAACAACAUGGGCCACUGUGGUCACUAAAAGUUGUAGUCAAGAGAGGGAGAACAUUAGGGACUACUUGUCUAAACAGCGAGAAAAGUUUAUGCAGCAGUACUCUCUGUCAGUGAAGCAAGACACCAUCAAGAAGCUGGAGAAGGACACGGUGAUAGAGCUUCAGUUGAUCAGACAUGCUGAGAAACAUCUGGAACAGGACUCGGUCGCCUUUGAAAAGUUCAUCAAGGAAAACGACCAGAGCUCAGUGGGAGCUGUCAAGUUGGCAGAGAAAGAGACUAUGAUGAAAAUGGAGAAAACAGCAGAAAUUAAAAAAUUAACAGUACAAAUGAUGGCGAUGAAAAGCGACAUCUCAAAGUAUCAAGAAAUCCUGAAGGAGUACCAGACCUACAAAACGUUUCUCAUGGCCGUCGGACCCUUGGAGUGGCGCGAGGAACAGAAGCGCAAGAGGGAGGACAGGAGAGCAACCAAGCAGAGGGAGAGAGAUAAUACAAACAUUUUCUGUCUUCCUUCAUCGGUCAAAGACGAACAUAAAAAAGGUCCAGCGUAUGCCAGACGCAAUUCAAGAGUCACAAAACAUUCUCAGAUAAAACAUCAAAGCAAAAGUGGCAAAGUCAGCAGCAUACUUCACCACCAGGAGAGACAGGGGUCCACCACCCCUGAGGUGCCGGAGACAGCAGAGACCUCAGACAGUGACGAGGAGCCAGAGUUCUGUUACUCCAACCCCAGGGACAUGCUGAAUUUGCUGACUGAUCUGGAGGAGCAGAACCUGUCCUACAUCCAGAACUUCCAGGAAACAGAGGAGGUCAUGGAUGAGAUCAGCAAAACCAUCCAGUUGACACAGGAAAGAAUGAACAGUGAGGCACGGAUCUUGCUGCAGCAGGUAGACAUCCUGAAGAACACCAUCCAGAGGGAGGAGGAGAAGACCUCUGAGCUGGAGCUCAAGUCCAGGAUCUUCUCCUAUGGAGAGUACAGAGCUGACAAACAGGAUGUGAUGCUCAAUGUGCUGCACAAGAAGGUGAAGGAAGUGUACAGGGUGUGUGUGGGAGAGGUGGACUCCAAUAUCAGCACUCUUCAUAUGCUGGCCAACAUCGAGAGCAGAAUGGAGGAAGUUUUGGACCGACUGGAGACGCUGCCCCCGGACAACAUUGACACCGUCCGCACCCGGAGGGAGAAGGAGAAGAGGAUCAAGAUGCGUGAGGAGAAGCUGUUGAUGAAGAAACACCACCAAGAGGAGAGACUCCGAAUGGCUCUGGAGAGAGCCACCUCUGACAGCAAGAAGAGGACGGGCAGAAGGCUGAUGCCACGAUCGGAGCCAUCAGAGAUCAAGAAGAAGGACAAGACGCACGCGUUGACCACUAGAGAGCAAGAAGACGCCUUGUACUUCUUUGCCUGAUUAUUUUAAACCAUCAGUAUUCACAGACAGUGACUGAUUUUAAAUUAGCUUUUGUAUACAGUACCAAUCAAAAGUUUGGACACGCCUACUCAUUCAAGGGUUUUUCUUAUUUAAAAAAAUAUAUAUAUAUUUUCUGAAGACAUCAAAACGAUGAAAUAACACAUAUGGAAUCAUGUAGUAACCCAAAAUGUGUUAAACAAAUCUAUAUUUUAGAUUCUUCAAAGUAGCCACCCUUUGCCUUGAUGAAAGCUUUGCACACUCUUGGCAUUCUCUCAACCAGCUUCACCUGGAAUACUUUUCAAACAAUCUUGAAGGAGUUUCCACAUAUCCUAAGCAUUUGUUGGCUGCUUUUCCUUCACUCUGCGGUCCAACUCAUCUGAAACCAUCUCAAUUGGUUUGAGGUCGGGUGAUUGUGGAGGCCAAGUCAUCUGAUGCAGCACUCCAUCACUCUCUAUUCUUGGUCAAAUAGCCCUUACACAGCCUAGAGGUGUGUUGGGUCAUUGUCCUGUUGAAAAACAAAUGAUAGUCCCACUAAGCGCAAAUCGGAUGGGAAGGCGUAUCGCUGCAGAAUGCUGUGGUAGCCAUGCUGGUUAAGUGUGCCUUGAAUUCUAAAUAAAUCACUGACAGUUGCAGCAGCAAAGCACACCACACCAUCUCCAUGCUUCACGGUGGGAACCACCCAUGUGGAGAUCAUCUGUUCACCUACUCUGCUUCUCACCAAGACACAGCGGUUGGAACCAAAAAUCUAGAAUUUGGACUCAUCACACCAAAGGAGAUUUCCACCGGUCUAAUGUCCAUUGCUCGUGUUUCUUGGCCCAAGCAAGUCUCUUUUUCUUAUUGGUGUCCUUUAGUGGUGGUUUCUUUGCAGCAAUUCGACCAUGAAGGCCUGAUUCACGCAGUCUCCUCUGAACAGUUGAUGUUGAAAUGUGUCUGUUACUUGAACUCUGAAGUAUUUAUUUGGGCUGCAAUUUCUGAGGCUGGUAACUCUAAUGAGCUUAUCCUCUGCAGCAGAGGAAACUCUGGAUCUUCCUUUCCUGUGGCAGUCAGUUAUUUCAUAGCGCUUGAAGAAACUUUCAAAGUUCUUGAAAUGUUCUGUAUUGACUGACCUUCAUGUCUUAAAGUAAUGGACUGUCAUUUCUCUUUGCUUAUUUGAGCUGUUCUUGCCAUAAUAUGGACUUGGUCUUUUACCAAAUAGGGCUAUCUUCUGUCUACCACCCGCCCCUUGUCACAACAGAACUGAAUGGCUCAAAUGCAUUAAGGAAAGACAUUUCACAAAUUAACAAGGCACACCUGUUAAUUUAAAUGCAUUCCAGGUGACUACAUGAAAUUGGUUGAGAGAAUGCCAAGAGUGUGCAAAGCUGUCAAGGCAAAGGGUGGCUACUUUGAAGAAUCUAAAAUAUAUUUUGAUUUGUUUAACACUUUUUGGGGGUUACUAUAUAAUUCCAUGUGUUAUUUCAUAGUUGAUGUCUUCAUUAUUAAUCUACAAUGUAGAAAAUAUAAAAAAUAAAAACCCUGGAAGGAGUAGGUGUCCAAACUUUUGACUGGUACUGUACAUUAGGUCUAUAUUUCAAUUAGCCCAGGUCACCAAGGAGCAUUUAGAUUCACUCACUGAUUUGGCCUAUACAAUAUUAUCUAAUGCUAUACAACAGUUAGAUUGUUAAUUAAAAUAUUUUGAUUAUAAAUAAAAAGCAGUUAUUUUUUACCUUA